GAUUGCGUCCAACUGACUGUGACCAGUUACUUGAUUCUGCUCUCCCGACAGGGCAAAGUGCGCCUGGCUAAGUGGUUCACCACCCUCUCUCCCAAGGAAAAGGCCAAGAUCAUCAAAGAUGUGACCCAGCUGGUUCUGUCGCGCCGGACGCGAAUGUGCAAUUUCCUCGAAUACAAAGACUCGAAAGUCGUCUACCGUCGUUAUGCUUCUCUCUUCUUCAUUGCCGGCUGCUCAUCUACCGAUAACGAGCUGAUCAAUCUUGAGAUCGUCCACCGUUACGUCGAACAGAUGGACAAAUACUACGGCAACGUGUGCGAGCUGGACAUCAUCUUCAAUUUCCAGAAGGCAUACUUCAUCUUGGAUGAGCUGUUGUUGGCGGGAGAAAUGCAGGAAAGUAGCAAGAAGAAUGUACUACGAUGCAUCAGCCAGCAGGACAGCCUGGAAGAUAUGGAGGUUGAGGAAGACGUGGUCACCAAGAUCAUGUAA